AUGGAAAAAAGGGGCAAUGUGACUGACUUUGUGCUGUUGGGGCUCACUCAGAGCCCUCAAGGUCAGAAAAUACUAUUUGUUGUGUUCUUGCUCAUCUACAUUGUGACAAUGGCAGGCAACUUACUCAUUGUCGUGACCGUGCUGGUGAGCCCAAGUUUGGAUGCCCCCAUGUACUUCUUUCUUGGCUAUUUAUCUUUCAUGGAUGCUGUUUAUUCAACUACAGUUACUCCAAAUAUGAUUAUAGACUUACUGUAUGAGAAGAAAACGAUAUCCUUCCAAGCUUGCAUGAGCCAACUUUUUAUCGGACAUUUGUUUGGUGGUGCUGAGAUUUUGCUGCUGGUCGUCAUGGCUUAUGACCGCUACGUGGCCAUUUGCAAACCCUUGCAUUAUCUGAUGAUCAUGAACCGAAGAGUGUGUGUUCUGCUGCUGCUAUUGGCCUGGAUUGGGGGCUUUUUGCAUGCAAUCCUGCAACUUCUCUUUGUUUACAAUCUUCCCUUCUGUGGCCCCAAUGUGAUCGACCACUUCAUCUGUGACAUGUACCCUCUAUUAAAACUGGCCUGCACAGACACCUAUGUGAUUGGACUCACGGUGGUUGCCAAUGAUGGAGCCAUCUGUGUGGUCAUCUUCAUGCUCUUGCUGAUCUCCUAUGGAAUCAUUCUGCACUCGCUGAAGAAUCUCAGCCAGGAAGGGAGGCGCAAGGCCUUGUCCACCUGUGGCUCCCACAUCACAGUGGUGGUCCUCUUCUUUGUCCCUUGCAUUUUUAUGUAUGUGAGACCUCCUUCCACCUUGCCCAUUGACAAGUCCUUGACUGUCUUUUACACUAUCAUCACCCCAAUGUUAAAUCCUCUCAUCUAUACUCUGAGGAAUGCUGAGAUUAAAAGUGCCAUGAAGAAGCUUUGGACUAAAAAAUGA